GUUUUACUUGUUUGGAUUUGUCCCACUAAAAUUAAGAAGCCCAUCUUUCCGUUCGCUCGGUGAAUCGUGUUCAUGUUCAUCUGCUUCGGCCUUUGUCACUCUGAGCUAAACUCUACUUCAGUAUUUGCUCUCCCCUGGCCCUAGACAGAUUCUUAACAACUUUUAGGGUUUUGGACAAGGUCGUUUAACGGCCUUGUUUUAUUCGAAGAUCAUAGAAUGGAGUUCGACGAGUAUGAUUAUUUAGAAAAAACAGUUGAGAAUCCGGAAGGGCCAAAGGACAAGGAAAUAGUGAAUGGUGACGACCGGGCGGUUAAAUCAGGAGAAAAAGAUCGGAGCCGAAGCUCUAAGCAUCGGAGCGACGAUAACAAUGAUGAUCUGGAUAGCCGUUCGAAGCGGGCAAGAUCCGGAGACGACACCCGUGAUCGCGACAGGCACAGAGACAGAGGUUCCUCACGUCACCGUUCGUCUCCUGACCACCGCUCUAGGGAUGGGGAGCGGAGCGAGAAGGAACGACAUAGAAACAGCAGGGAAGACAGGGAUAGGGAGGAGAGGAGUGGCAAGGAAAGAGACCGGGACCGAGACCGAGACCGAGACCGCGAUAGGGUAAGAGAGCGUGAUCGUGAAAGCGAACGAGAUAGGGAGAAAGAACGUGAACGAUCACGUAGGAGCAGGAGCCACUCGGAAAGGCACCGCAUUGACCGUGAUAGGGAUGCAGAGCGCGAGAGAGACAGAGAGUUCAGGGAAAGAGAAAAGGAGAGGGAGUCGAGAGAAAGGGAUCGAGAUAGCAGGCGAUAUAAAGAGAAAAAGGAGGAAGUGGCAGAGCCAGAGGCUGAUCCUGAACGAGAUCAAAGGACUGUAUUUGCUUAUCAGAUUUGUUUGAAGGCAGAUGAAAGGGAUGUAUAUGAAUUCUUUUCAAGGGCCGGCAAGGUGCGGGAUGUGCGUCUCAUAAUGGAUCGCAAUUCAAGGCGUUCAAAGGGAGUUGGGUAUAUUGAAUUUUAUGAUGCAAUGUCUGUCCCUAUGGCAAUAGCACUCUCGGGUCAACCACUUCUUGGUCAACCAGUGAUGGUUAAGCCAUCAGAGGCUGAGAAGAAUCUGGUCCAGUCAAAUACAACUGUAGUUGGAGGAGUGGGUGGUCUUAUUGGACCCUAUUCAGGAGGAGCUAGAAGGUUGUAUGUUGGCAAUCUGCAUUUCAAUAUCACAGAAGACCAACUUCGUCAGGUUUUUGAACCAUUUGGUGCUGUGGAGUUGGUGCAGUUGCCCCUUGAUCCGGAAACUGGGCAAUGCAAAGGUUUUGGCUUUGUCCAAUUUGCACGUCUUGAAGAUGCUAGAGCUGCUCAGAGUUUAAAUGGACAAUUAGACAUUGCUGGCCGUAUAAUCAAGGUAUCUGCUGUUUCUGAUCAAGUUGGGAUGCAAGAUGUUGGGGGAAAUGCUGGUGAUUUUGACGAUGACGAUGGCGGAGGCUUGUCUCUGAAUGCUCGCUCCAGGGCUCUUCUAAUGCAAAAGCUGGAUCGGAGUGGCACAGCAUCAAGCAUUGCUGGUUCAAUUAGCACACCUGUUGUGAAUGGCGCUAGCCUUACUCUACCAGGAACAUCAGUUCUUGGUGCUGCACCUGUGGUUGCUCCCCUUGUUUCUCCCCUUGGACAGGCAUCUGUGCCCACAUUUUCUGGAUUGGCAGGUGCAUCCCUUCCAGUUCCAGCUGUAACUGCGCCUGCAAUAGAUACUUUGGGCGCACCGAGUGAAUGCCUGUUACUGAAAAAUAUGUUUGACCCAAAAGUUGAGACAGAACCAGAUUUUGAUUUGGAUAUCAAAGAGGAUGUCCAAGAUGAAUGUUCAAAGUUCGGAACUGUAAAGCAUAUCUAUGUGGACAAGAAUAGUGCUGGCUAUGUAUAUUUACGCUUUGAAAAUGCUCAAUCUGCUAUGAAUGCACAACGGUCACUCCAUGGGAGGUGGUUUGCAGGAAAGAUGAUAACAGCAACGUUUAUGCUGCCCCAAAACUACGAGGCCAAAUUCCCAGACAGUAGAUAGAUUUGCUUCAUGAUGUAUCAAGUGGAAGUUUUACAAAUAAAAGCAUUCAACUCCUAUGGAUUAAAUUUGUUGCUUCUUCAGUGUCAACUAAGGGUGGCUUGAAGUUAUUUUAUGUAACAAUGGGAAUGAUCUUGGUCUCAUAUCUGUGGCUUGGUUUAUAGCCCAUUUUUGGAGGGUUCUGUGUUUUCUUUAGAUCAACGGGAAGGAUACGAGUAUAGGAGAGCAUACACUACAGAGAAAUUGGUUACAUAUUUGUACUUAAUUGUUAAUACUAAAUGUGUUUGACUAGUCUUCAUUUAUUGCACUUUUAUUGAGGCUUGCC